AGAGAAACAAGAAAGCAACGGGACAGAAAGGGAAAUCAGACGCUGGUUGACAUGGUGAGGAGCAGAGAGUUUCUCUCCUGAUCCCUGUGCCUGUUUUUCCUUCCCGAAAAAUGGACUCGCUCGCUGGUUGCUGCGCGCUCUCUCUAUCCAUCAGCUUGUGGGUGUGCAUCACUGCCGCUCAUUCCCAUAAUUGCAACAAUCACCUUGUGUCUGGCUUGCCUCAGUCAGCAUUCUGUUCCUCCUCUGUGCUGUCUAGCAGUCACAGCCCUGGCUUCGCAAAGCUGAACAGAAGGGAUGGAGCGGGUGGAUGGUCCCCAAGAGAUUCUGACAAAUACCAAUGGUUACAGAUAGACCUUGGUGAGAGAACAGAAAUCACUGCUGUAGCAAGCCAGGGCCGGUAUGGGAGCUCGGAUUGGGUGACGAGUUACGUGCUAAUGUUCAGUGACACUGAGAGAAAUUGGAAGCAGUAUCGGCAAGAAGACAACACUUGGGCUUUUCCAGGAAACUCUAAUGCAGACAGUGUUGUGCACCACAAACUCCAGUAUUCCAUCAGAGCCAGAUUCCUUCGUUUUGCCCCUCUCAAGUGGAAUCCUACUGGUCGAAUAGGAAUGAGAGUUGAAGUUUAUGGCUGCUCCUACAAGUCAGACAUGGCUGAUUUUGAUGGCAGAAGCUCAUUGCUCUACAGAUUCAACCAAAAGAGUAUGAGCACUGUGAAGGACAUGAUCUCCCUGAAGUUCAAAACCUUACAAAGUGAUGGAGUGGUUCUGCAUGGAGAGGGACAGAGGGGAGAUUACAUCACACUGGAACUGAAGAAGGGCAAACUCUCACUGCAGAUCAAUCUAGGUGAUGCAAAACUGCGAUCUGUUGAUGGCCACACCUCAGUGAUACUGGGGAGUCUGCUAGAUGAUCAGCAUUGGCACUCCAUUACCAUCGAACGCUACAACAAGCAAGUGAAUUUCACAGUGGAUAAGCACACACAGCACUUUCGAACCAAAGGAGAGUUUGAUUAUCUGGAUAUUGAUUACGAGCUCAGCUUUGGAGGGAUCCCAGUUCCAGGCAAAUCAGUGACUUUCCUGAGGAAGAACUUUCAUGGCUGCAUUGAGAAUCUCUACUACAAUGGAGUGAAUAUUAUUGAUCUGGCAAAGAGACGCAAACCUCAGAUACACAUUGUGGGAAAUGUGACUUUUACCUGCUCAGAGCCCCGUAUUGUUCCAGUCACGUUCAUGACUUCCAGUAGUUACUUACUGCUGCCAGGGAAGCCUCAACUGGAUGGACUUUCUGUGAGCUUUCAAUUUCGUUCCUGGAACAAAGAUGGUCUGCUGCUGUACAAUGAAUUCCAUGAAGCAUCUGGGGUCCUACAGAUUUACCUGAACAAGGGGAAGCUCAAAAUAAAUGUUCAUAAGUUAUCGUGGAACCAAGCUGAUAUCACCACAGGUGACAAUCUAAAUGAUGGACUGUGGCAUUCUAUUAAUUUGAACGCCAGAAGGAAUCGUGUUAGCAUCAUUUUAGACAACAAUGCCGCCUCAACCUUUCAUUCAACCAUACAGAUGCAGAUUUACUCUGGAAGCAGAUAUUAUUUUGGAGGUUGUCCUGAAAAUGCAACUGUUGUGGAUUGUUCAAAUCCAUUUGGUACAUUUGAAGGCUGCAUGCGGCUUAUAUUGAUCGACAACCAGGCAGUGGAUCUCAUUCUGGUGCAACAAGGCUUACAGGGAAACUUCUCUGAUCUCCACAUAGACAUAUGCGAUAUUCAGGACAGGUGCUUACCAAAUUAUUGUGAGCAUGGUGGAGAAUGCUCCCAGUCCUGGAGUACAUUUUACUGUGACUGUGCGGGGACAGGCUAUACAGGAGAAACUUGCCACAGCUCUUUGUAUGAAAAGUCAUGUGAAGCAUACAGGCACAAAGGGCGGAUGUCUGAUUUCUUCUCCAUUGACCCAGAUGGCAGUGGCUCACUGGAGCCCCUCCUUGUGUACUGCAACAUGACAGAAGACAAGACUUGGACAGUGACGCAGCACAACAACACAGAGCUAACCAAGGUCCAAGGCUCCAGUUCUGGCAAGCCUCACCUUGUGCACUUGAGUUACACAGCCAACUCAGACCAACUGCAAGCAAUGAUUAACAACAUGGACUACUGUGAGCAGGAAGUGUCUUACCAUUGCAGAAAGUCACGCCUUUUAAACACACCUGGUGGCACACCAAUGACUUGGUGGAUCGGGAGGACCAAUGAGAAGCAAACUUACUGGGGUGGUUCAUCGCCAGGCAUUCAGAAAUGUGCCUGCGGAUUGGAGGAGAGCUGCUUGGAUACCAAGUACCACUGUAACUGUGAUGCUGACAGAGAUGAAUGGGCGAACGAUACAGGUCUUCUUUCAUACAAAGAUCACUUGCCUCUGACCCAGCUUGUAAUUGGAGACACCAACAGGACAGAUUCAGAGGCAGCUUACAGACUUGGACCACUCCGUUGCAAUGGAGACAUUAAUUUCUGGAAUGCAGCAUCGUUUAACACCAAGUCCUCCUAUCUCCAUUUUCCUACAUUCCGUGGGGAGCUAAGUGCAGACAUUUCAUUUUUCUUCAAAACAACUGUGUCUUCGGGAGUUUUCCUGGAGAACCUCGGCAUUAAAGACUUCAUAAGGAUUGAACUGAACUCUCCAGUGGAAGUCCUCUUCUCACUUGAUGUGGGGAACGGCCCUUUUGCAGUUGUAGUGGAGUCAGCCUCGCCACUGAAUGACAAUCAGUGGCAUUACGUCAAGGCAGAGCGGAAUAUCAAAGCAGCGUCACUCCGAGUGGAUCACCUGCCACAAGUAGCUCAAGAGGCCCCCACUGAUGGACACAUCCAUUUGCAGCUCAACAGCCAGCUGUUUGUAGGAGGCACAGCCUCAAGACAGAAAGGAUUCCUCGGAUGCAUUCGCGCUUUGCAAGUGAAUGGAGUGAACCUUGACCUUGAAGAACGUGCUAAGAUGACCCCUGGAGUUAAUCCAGGAUGUCCGGGGCACUGUACAAGCUAUGGCAACCUGUGCCACAAUGGAGGACAAUGUAUAGAGAAAUAUAACGGUUAUUCAUGCAACUGCACUCCCUCUGCUUAUGAUGGACCAUUCUGCAAAAAAGAAGUUUCUGCUAUUUUCGAGGUUGGAACAUCCCUCAUCUACAACUUCCAGGAGUCUUACGGGCUUGCAAAGAACCUCAGUGCGCAUUUGUCUGCCAUCUACAUGGACAGGACAAUUUCCACAGAGAACACAGCUUUCAGCUUCCGAACGACACAUGCACCCAGCAUCCUGCUGUACGUGGACAGCUACCAUGAGGAGUAUUUGGCUGUGAUACUGCUCCAAGAUGGAAACCUUCAAGUCAGGUACAGACUUGACAAGGAUAAAGAUCCUGAUAUCUUUAGCCUCGACAAUGGAAACCUAGCAGAUGGACAUCUCCACACUGUCAAAAUCGACCGAGAAGGACCAAGGGUCCAUGUUGAGGUUGACUAUUUCCAUGCCAGGAGCUACAAACUGUCAUCAGUUUCAGACACAGCAUUUAAUGGCCUCAAGUCUCUUGUCCUUGGCAAGAUAGUAGACACUGGCAAUCUUGACCAGGAGAUUGUGAAUGCGAACGUACAGGGUUUCGUUGGCUGCCUGUCUUCAGUUCAGUUUAACUGGAUCGCACCAUUGAAGGAGGGACUACGUCACUUUAGCUCUGCCCCAGUGACUGUGAAAGGAGACUUGAUUGAAUCUGACUGUCGUUCUUCAGUGAUGACUGAACCAGUAGCCAUGACUACAACACUAUCAUUCACAGAUGAUUCUAAACCCACUGAGGAGGAGCGGCCAUUACAAAAUGCAUUCAGAAGUGAUUCUGCAGUCAUCGGAGGUGUUAUAGCGAUUGUGAUAUUUGUCAUCCUCUGCAUUUUUGCUAUAACGGGACACUUGUUAUAUCGGAACAAAGGCAAUUAUCAAAAUAAUGAGCCCAAAAGAACGGAAUACGCUGAGAGCACCGAUACUGCGCUUAAGAACCAUGCCAAUUACCAGGAUUCUGUAUGUGAAAGCCGGAAGGAAUAUUUCAUCUGACAACGAUACAGGCCAUCUUCAUGGCUACGCUUACAACAACACUACAGCCUGGACUUGCUGCCUGUCCAAUGAGUUAGCUCCAGACUCUGCAGAUUAAAUGGCCAAAAGUUAGCACAAAAUACACGGCAUAUGACUAACGACUGGUUGAUACUUUUAUUUACCUGACAGAACAGGGAUAUAGCCUAUUAUUUCCUGCUAACUAAAUGCCAGCUCAGGGGAGCAGGAUGAAGAUUCCACAAAUUUAUGAUUAUACAGACAGCAGCUAUUAAAAAAUGUCUUGACUCUCCUCCUCAGAGUGAUGUAAAACAUUAAUAUUAACUUUUCAAUGUAACUAGAUAUUUGGUUUAUCUUCACAAGAUUUAUUUCUCUACCUUUUUUUUCUGGAGAGACCAUUUAAUUUAUUCAUUAUGCAGGUGAAGUGUUACUAAGGUUAUCAGUCUGGUUAAGUGUGGAUUUAUGAUGAGACUUACAUUCUUUCUAAAUAAUUUAUUUACUAUUGCUAAUUUGGUGGUCUAACAAAUUUAUCUAAGCACAUAUGGUCAUUAUUGCUCAUCUUAUACAGUGCUGUCUUUAAAAAAAAAGCUUCCAGCAUAUUCCCUUUGAAACUGCAAGUUUUUAUUACUUAAACUAAUAAAUCAUAAUUGACCACAUUGCAAUCGAUUAUGAUUAGAAGUUAAACUCACGUUGGUUAAUCUGAAAAGUAUUAGUUUGUUAAAUUCUUGCUGUGUCCCAGUAUGCUUGCCAACGUGAGGAGUCACCCUCCCACUGUCAAAUGGCACCAUUAUGUGAGCUGAUGAGUUCGUGUUGGGGUACACCUUCUGGCAGGCAGGAUUUAAUAUCACAGCAAGUAAUGGUUCAUUACCCUACAACCAUGGCCUACUUCAACCAAGUCUCUGAACAAUAUCCAAAUACAACUGCAGCAGAAACGACAACAAUGUCUCCCAAUAGUCGGCUUAUUUUUACAGCGAAUAGCUGCCUGAGAAAACUGGUGUGUGUAACAUUAGUUCCAGCCACCUUGUGAGGUGCUGAUUCCAGGUGUGACUGAUGGAAGAAUUAUCCAGUCCUUCCCCUUCUGGUAUAAUGUGAUCACUAUGUUGCUGGGACUACAGGGUUUGACCUAAAAGGAGAGGCUGAAUAGGCUGGGGCUAUUUUCCCUGGCACAUCAGAGGCUGAGGGCUGACCUUAUAAAGGUUUAUAAAAUCAUGAGGGCCAUGGAUAGGGUGAAUAGCUGAGGUCUUUUUCUCACAGUAAGGGAGUCCAAAAGGACACAGAUUUAAGGUGAGAGGGGAAAUAUUUAAAAAAGGACCUUAGGGGUAACUUUUUCAUGCAGAGGGUGAUGAACGUAUGGAACGAGCUGCCAGAGGAAGUGGUAGAGGCUGAUACAAUUACAACAUCUGGAUGUGUAUAUGAAUAUAUAAUAGGGCAGGAUUGACUGCCACGAGGGGUCAUAGUUUUAAGGUGUUAGGAGGAAGGUAUAGAGGAGACGUCAGAGGGAGGUUCUUCACCCAGAGAGUUGUCAGCACAUGGAAUAGUUUGCCAGUGGUAGUCGUGGAAGCAGAGUCAUUAGUGACAUUUAAGCGACUGUUGGACAUGCACAUGGACAGCAGUGAAUUGAGGGGAAUGUAGGUUAGGUUAUUUUAUUUUUGGAUUAGGAUUAUUCCACGGCACAACAUCGUGGGCCGAAUGACCUGUACUGUGCUGUACUUUUCUAUGUUCUAUGUUCUUAUAGGAAGAGUUCAGAGGGAUAUGAGCCAAAAGUUGACAAAUGGUUCUAGGUCAGAUUGAGAUGUCUGGUUGGCAGGAACAAGUACGACUGAAGGUUCUGUUUCUGUGAUGUAUAACACUUAACUCAAUGUGCAAAGUACCUUCUCUAGACCCAGGUAAGUGAGGUGUAUUUCAUUGGAGAGUAACUGAUUGUUCACUUUUUCUCAAUCAAAUGGAACCUCCAGGUAUAUGGACUUUCUGAUGGUUUGUUUGAGACAUUUAGAGAUGUUAAUAGGUUUGAGUUAGGUGGAUCAACUGAGGGUUCAUUGAAAAGGAUCAUUAUCUAUUACUCCCCAGAAUUUGAACUCAACUCACAGGUGAAUUUUGAAGAAAAAAUGGAUUGCGUUUUGACAAAUGGGAAUAUGAGAACUCAGAAUGAUGGGAUCCUCUUAAAUGGCCCUGUGGGAGGAAAUCACUAGAAUAUUAAAACAUUCAGUUUCAAACCUUUCAAGGGACAGCUAAAAAUGCAUAUGUGUGUAUUUGUUUAUUGCGGUUAAACUAUGCAUUUGAUGUUAUAGCGAUUCUAUGCCAUGAGCUACAGAGACCCAUGUUCCACGAAGACAUAUAUUGUUUUUGGGAAAGUUCAUAUCAUUUAUUGAGUACUGUGAGGCGGGAAUGUGUAAGUCAAAGAAAAGCAACAGUUAGGUGGAAACACUGAGCUGGCUUAAAAUGAAAGAGAUUGAGGGUGGCAUGGCGGCUCAGUUUUUAGCACUGCUGCCUCGCAGUAUCAGGGAUCUGGGUUUGAUCCUACCCUUAGGCCGUGAGGAGUCUGCACGUUCUAUCUGUGCCUGAUGGGGUUUCCUCUGGAUGAUCCAAUUUCCUCCCAUAGCCUAAAGAUGUGCGGCCUAGGUGGAUUAGCCAUGCUAAAUUGCCCGUAGUGUCCGGGGAUGUGCAGGCUUGGUGGGUUAGCCAUGGGGAGUGCGGAGUUAAAGGGAUAGGGCUGGAUGGAAUGCUCUUUGGAAGCUCAGUGUGGACUUAAUGGGCUGAAUGGCCAGCUUCUACACAGCAGGGAUUGUAUCAUUCUAACUGGAGGCAAUGGAAAUCAGAUGGGUUAGAGAUGAGAAAGAUCAUAUGUAGGUAGAAAGCAGACUCGUAAAACAGUGGAUUUUCUCAAUUGUUUCAGGUAGGUGACCAUUAAAGAGUAUUUCACCUUUACAAUCUUUCAGCAUGGGCUCAGCAGAGAAGCAGGAAGAUGCCAUCCAUCUGCUCUAAUGUUGCUGUUCUGUUCAUUUACAUCAUGCCUGUUGUCCAUUUCUUUACACCUUGGUUCCAUAUCUCAGAAUGUUCUCACCUGACAAAAUCUCGUUUACCUGAGUUUUAAUCACCACAAAUCAUCCUCGGAGGGAAACAUUAGGAAACCCACAGUCAACAGAGUGUAACAGCAACAUCAGCCAUUUGUAUUCCUCCAAUGCCUUUAAUGUAGUACAAUGCUCCAAGCCACUUUGCGGUAGCAUUUGACAAACAAAAUUUGGCAUCCUGUGAUAUAGCAAGAUAUUGGGGCACAUUUUAAAAUUGUCAUUUGCUCUGCACCUCCCUAUCUUCCUUUCCAGAGAUUCGGCCCUUGGCUGCUGAAAAUUUCUUGAACUCUCUCACAGGAUGCGGUCAUUGCUGACAAAACUAAUAUUUAUUGUUCACACCUAAGGUUGUGGCAGGUUGGCUGCUUAAACUGGUAACGGGCUGCAUGGUGAUUAAAUUCCCAUAGUGCCUGCAGGAAGUCAUUGACUUUUGACUCAACAACAAUGAAGAAACACAAAGCGGAUAUAAUGCAUGCCAGAUCAAGGAUGAUAUGCAUCUUGGAAAAUAUGGAGCCGAAGUGAUGGUGUCCCCACACAAUUUGCUGCUUUUUAUCCUCGAGGAAGAAGGAGUUGUGGCUUUGGCAGGAGCUGUUGAGGUAUCAUUGUGAGUUGCUGAGUUGGAAGUGAUACACACUGCUGCCACAGUGGGCUGAUGGAGGGAGUAGUGGUUUAAGAGUGGUAUGUGGGUUUUAUCAGAUUUGCACUGGAUGAUGUUGAGCUUUUUGAGGUACAUCCAGCCCUGUAAAUGUGCAUUCAUAGAACAUAGAACAUUACAGCAUAGUACAGGCCCUUCGGCCCUCGAUGUUGUGCCGACCUGUCAUACCGAUCUGAAGCCCAUCUAACCUACACUAUUCCAUGUAUGUCCAUAUGCUUGUCCAAUGACGACUUAAAUGUACUUAAAGUUGGUGAAUCUACUACCAUUGCAGGCAAAGUGUUUCAUUCCCUUACUACUCUCUGAGUAAAGAAACUACCUUUGACAUCUGUCCUAUAUCUUUCACCCCUCAAUUUAAAGCUAUGCCCCCUUGUGCUCGCCGUCACCAUCCUAGGAAAAAGGCUCUCCCUAUCCACCCUAUCUAACCCUCUGAUUAUCUUAUAUGUCUCAUCCAGGUGGUGCAUCACUCACAAUGGAAUGUGUAACUUCUGGCCUGCUCAUGUACUCACACUGCUUUUAGUGGCAUGUCGACUAAAUACACUUCUCAAUGAUGAUGUCUCGAUUAUUGAUGGUGGGGAAUUCAGUAAAGGUAUUUACAACUGAAUGAUAAGGCAUUGAGUUCUUUCUUUAUUGGAAGUGACUGACAUGACUGACUCUUUUGUUGUGAGUACUACUUGUGAAGCAGUUAAAAUAAAGAGGUGUCGAAGAGGCCAGAAAAAAGGGGAUCACAAAUAUCUCAGAUGAGGUUAAUCAGGAUGCUGCCUGGAUUAGAGGGUAUGAGCUGUAAGGAGAGGCAAGAACAACUCAGGAGCAGUGGAGGUUGAGGGGAGACUUGAUAGGAGUCUAUAAAAUUAUGAGAUGCAGUGAUAGGGUUGAAUCUUUUUCCCAGAGUAGAAAUGGCUAAUAUUAGGGACAUUUAAGGUGAGGGAAAAUUCAAAGGAAAUGCGAGGGACAGAUUUUUUACACAGAGUGGUAGGAGUCCGGAACAUGCCGCCACGGGUGGUGGUACAGGCAGAGACGAUAGGGGCAUUUAAGGGAAACGUGAAUAUGCAAGGAAUGGAGGGAUAUUGACCAAGGGCCGGCAGAAGCGAUCAGUUUAAUUUUGUGUCAUGUUUGGCACAACAUCAGGGGCUGAAGGGCCCUUUCCUGUGCUGCACUGUUCUUUGUUCUCUGUUUAAGUUGAAGGGCCAGAGGAGAUGACAGAUUUGGGGACACAUGCUGGAAUUUGAAAACAAGGAUGUGAAUUUUAAAAUUGAGGCAUUGUCCGACCAGGAAACCAUGUCUGUAAGAAAGCAAAGGGGGAUGUGUGAAUGGGACUUUCAUGAGUUAGGAUUGAAUUAUCCAACACUGUGUCUAUGCUGACAGUUUGAAAGAUCUGUUCCUUCAUCGUGUCCUGAAGCACUGCAAUUAUUUUUUCCUUUUCAAAUAUCCUUUAUGAGUUUCUCUUUCAAACAGAUUGCCGUUUAAAUUUUGAGUUGUGGUUUAUAUAGUUAGAAAGGACAAAUAACUCAUACAGUCACAAAUUUCAUUCCUUUAAUUGACAGGAAAACAAUGAGAGAUAUCUGUUGCUAAAUGCCCAAUCACACAGUUCAACCAACAAUGAUCCUUUUUGUCAGUCUUCUCAACAAAAACUGGAAGAACAGCAAAUCCUGUAAAUCGGAAACAAAAAUGGAAAUUGCUGGUAAAGCUCAGCAGAUUUGCCAGGCCUGUUGAGCUCUACCAGCAAGUUCUAUUUCUGUUUUCCAAAUGAAUAUUUGUCUGUGGUUUUAGCAUGGAUCAUUUUAUUAAAUAUCUCAUUAAUAAUGAAACAGCCAGAGCAGUUUUUAAUUACAAACUAUCCACAGGGAGACUGCUCCCCUUUUAAAAUCCGAAACCUUUCCUGAAUUGUUUGACUAUUUAAAAUUCUACAUCUUAUUCUGUCCAGAGGGAAAAAAAACCACAGCUUUUUUGUCAUGUUGUAGAAGCCCUUCUGAAAGGGCUUUUCUUAAAAAUUCACUUGUGGGAUGUGGACAGUACUGGUCGGCCAGCAUUUCUUGGCAGUCCUUAAACUGCUUGGAAUGCUCACCCAUUUCAGAGGGCAGUUAAGAGUCAACCACAUUGCUGUGGGUUGGACUCACAUGUAGGCCAGACCAGGUGAGAGUGGCAGUUUUCCUUCACUGAAGGACAUAAGUGACCAGAUGGGUGUUUUCCCUGACAAUAGUUUUGUGGUCAUCAGGAGAUUCUUAAUUUUAGAUUACUUUUUACUGGAAUUCUAAUAUUGAUCAUCUGCCAUGUUAGCAUCUGAACCCAGGUCCCCAGGACAUCAGUUGGGCUUCUGGGUUAAUAGUCCAGCAAUCAUACAACUAGGCCACGUGACAUUCAUUUUGUGUAAUCUCCAUCUUCAGUUUUGGAGGUAGUCUCAAUUCUGACCCUCUGUUUUGAAGCCCAUUUUAAGUCUGGAUGGGCAUCAGUAGGAGCCUGGGAAUCAAAGCAAGCAGCAGAAGUCUCAAGCCCGUCCCUCAGAGUGUGAGGACUGGACACUGAUAAUAACAGUCCCUUCAGUCUUUGGAAUUGCUCUGCAUUGUUUUUAAAGGUGUUACAGCACUCGAAGAAACUACAAGUGUUUGCUGCAGGAGUCCGAGGUUGAGAAAUAAAGUUGUUUGCUGAAACAAAACAAUGAACCGUGGAUGCUGGAGAUCUGAAACACACAAAAACAGAUAUUGCAGGACAAACUUAAUAGAAAAGAAAACAGAGUUAAUGUUUCAAGUCCAGUGACGCUUCUUCAGAAUAAAGAGGUGCCUAAGAGGCCAGAAAAAAGGGGAUCACAAAUAUCUCAGAUGAGGUUUAUCAGGAUGCUGCCUGGAUUAGAGGGUAUGAGCUGGAAGGAGAGGCAAGAAAAACUCAGGAGCAGUGGAGGUUGAGGGGAGACUUGAUAGGAGUCUAUAAAAUUAUGAGUCGCAGUGAUAGGGUUGAAUCUUUUUCCCAGAGUAGAAAUGGCUAAUAUUAGGGACAUUUAAGGUGAGGGAAAAUUCAAAGGAAAUGCGAGGGACAGAUUUUUUUACACAGAGUGGUAGGAGUCCGGAACAUGCUGCCACGGGUGGCGGUAGAGGCAGAGACGAUAGGGGCAUUUAAGGGGCUUUUAGAGAAACACAUGAAUAUGCAAGGAAUGGAGGGAUAUUGACCUGUGUGGUACAAGCCCUGUUACAGAUCAAGCAUGAGUGCAUUUAACCCAAAACUUGUAAUACGCACAUUGGGACACAGGAUCAAGCUGUUAAAUAAGCACUUCUACAUUUCCUGCAACUUCCGGCAUCCGAUGUCUGUGAUAGUCAUAGCAGUCCUACACAAUUGCACACAAAUUUACAGCUCUUUCAGUAACCUAACCUUACUCACUGCCAAAGUUUCUCAGGCAGAUUUUAUCACACUUUGCGUAAUUUUCUGUUGAAAACAAAAUCAAAACACCCACACACACACGCACACGCACACACAAAUAAGUGUGUGUAAACCAGUACUUGUGAUAUAUGAACAUAUAUAUUACUUUAAACAAACUUAGCAUUGUGUUUCAAGUCUUGUUGUGUUAAGAGUUUCAGAUGAUCCAUAUAAAUUGAGCCUUGAACUUGUUAUCGAGGCUGAGAAAGUGCUGCAUUCUUGGAACUACCAUUCUUUAGGUGAGGUAUGAAACUCAUACCCAUUUUUCCUAUUCAGGCAAGUUGUAAUAAUCCCAAGAUACAAGUUGAAGAAUACUUGAGACUUUCCAGUUGCCAAAUACAACUUACCCUUUGAGCAACACUGCCAAGGUUCAUUGUAUGGUGUUGACUGUGGCUCAAUGGAUAUUGCUGUCAUUUUUAGUCUUUAAAGUUGUGCAGUUCGAGUCCCAUUGCAGUGAUUCUGGCUGAUAUGCCAGUAUAGCAUUGAGAUGGAGCAGCACUGUUGGUGACAAGAUGUAAGAACACAAUACUGCAUGUUGAUGUACAAAGGUCUCAUGUCACUAUUUAAAGAAGAACAGUAAGCAGAGUUCUUCAUGUCCCAUGUUUAUUCUUCAACCAGUAACUAAAAUGAUUACUAUGGACUUUAUCUCAUUGACUGUGAGUCAUUGAUAUGUGCAAAAUUGAUUGCACUAACCACGCUUGAAGAUGACAACAUUAACUGUACAGUGCUUUAGGACGUUCUGAGGUCAUAAAAGGUGGUGCAUAAACAAAUAUGCGCUUUCUUCUCAAAUGACUAAUCAUAUCAUUGCUGUUAUGGGAUUUUACUGUGUGAAACAAGGCUGCUAUGUUUGCCGUUGUAACGAUAGUUGAUGCACACCGAAGUAACUCAUUGUGUAUCAAAUGCUCUGAGCUGUUUCUUAAGAAAUGUGAUUCACUGACAUUUAAAUGAGAUCCCAUGGUAGUUUUCAUCCAUUGACACUCUCUGAAUCUCUUGCCAUGGACCACUCAUGUAUUAUUUCUUGUUCUUUUCUCCUCUGGAUUUUCUUUUUAGGUAACUUUCAUGUAAAUGAACAUAGUUUUGCAGCUGAUGUGUUUGUAAGUGUUAACUGAUUCCCUUUCGCAAUAGAGGGGUCUUGUUGACACCAGCGUCACAAGUGGUUCUUUACAGCAAACUUUAACACAGUGACCAGUAACUGUGUUCUACAGUGUUCUGACACUGAAGCUAAUGACACAGGCGAGUUUUCCGAUGCAGCUCCAGCCCUCUAACCUAAUCACCCAUGAUAUCUGCUCACCCCAAAAAUGUUUUACUCUGAAGAGGGAAACACGUUCUACUUGUUCACCUUAAUGCAGAAUGUGACUGUGAAUUUAUAAUAUAUUGUUGCACACAUUGAUGAGGCCAUACUUUUAGGUUUUAUUCCUUCUUACGAUUCAGCCUUGGCCUCCAUUCUACCAGUUGUACUUAGAAUACAGUAAAUGUUUAGGCCAGUGGGAGGUGAUGUCUUGGAAAUUUGUGUCUUAUCAAAGCCUAAACCUUUCUUAACCCAGGGAUUUAUCAUUCUCCAGUCCUCGCUCUUCCAAACGUAACUGUUUGCAGAAACAAAAUUAUAAUCUCCCUUUGCUCUCUUAUUGCUCUAACAAUAAAAAUGAAGGGAAUGGAUGCUGGGUUAACUAGAACCAUCUGAAAAAAAGGAGCCAUAACAAUAAGUCAACAAUAUUUCAAGAUCACAGCCAAAGCAGUCUUAUCUUUGCUUGAAGCAAACAGUAAACAUAUUGCAAACAAGUGUUGAGUGCCGACGUGCAACUGGAAAUGGUAAAGAGGAGGACAUUACUUGCUUAAGUGUGAAAUGUGGAUCCCUCAACACUUAACUUUCUUCACACACAAAUUGUAGAAGGGUACAAUUUCCAUCAGAGGUGUAACUUAAUACAUUGAAUUUCUCAAAACCAAAAUUGGCCAUUCAGCCCAGAUGUUCUGCACUAGUGUUUAUGCUUCACAUUUAUUGGACUACAUUUGACCAUGAUGGAAUCCUUCUUUAGAUAUUUCCACGGGUAGAGGCAUCUACAGAAAAAAAGAGCCCAGCCUAUCCUAUAUUUCCUGAAAGUAUUGAUGUCCCAGCUCUCACAAACAAUAAAUUGAGGAAGCCAGAGAUUUUUCCGUGUGAAUAAGGUAACUGAGGCAUUCUUACUAAGGUUUUGAAGUUUAUGUUGGCCUCAAAUAUUGAAUCAGGCAAAUUAUUCAUGGUGUCAAAAUCUUGAAGGGCUGUAGAUGCUCGUUGAGUAUAUUCAAGACUGAGUGUAACAGACAUUUGGAUGCUAAUGGAACCAAGGGAUGAACUGGAAAAGUGGAGUUAAAGAAAAAGAUCUUUCAUGAUCUCACUGAAUGACAAAGAACAUUCCAGAUAUUGCAUGGCCUCCUCCUGAUCUUGCUUUUUAUGUUCUUAAACCAGGAAUAACAAAUUAAAAAUGAAAGGCAUGCAAAGAAGUUAGUUGCUUCAAAGAUAAUUAAUAGAAUUCUGGAACGAAUAAUCAAGAAAGCUCAAUGAAUAGACACACUGAAUUCAUUCAACAAAACUGUAUCAUACCUGGAGAGUGAAAUGGAUGAGUGGUGUUAUGGUAAGGAGGGUACUUAGGUUUUGUCAAUCAAACAAAGUGGCUUUGUAAUCUCUCCCUUCCCAGUCCCAAAUAUUUUUCAUUUUCAUGAGGAAUAUUUCCCCUUGUUACACUUUAUGACUUUCACAAUCUAAGUCCUGCCUGCUAUGAACCUUUUUCUCAGUCUACCCUGUACAGUGGGAGUUUAUCAGAUGAGGCAAGAGGACAUGGACAGGCAGUGGCACUUGUAACUGAAUUGCCUACUGACAUAACUGAGGUAAUUUUGCUGGAGUUGCUCAGUCGGUUUACCGGAUGAAUUCCAGCAAGCCUCUGUGUCUGGCCUGACCUGCUGAGCUCCUCCAGCUCUUCCGUGUUGUCUCUGUCUCCAACAUCGGUAGCUCUUACUAUCUCGAAGCCUCUGUGACAGCUGUUUCACAGCUCUGAGACAUUUUUUAUCAUAAUAAUGGCAGUUAAGAUUUUUGUUUUAACAUAAUUCCAAGGAGGAUGAAUCAAGGAAAGGAAUUAGUUUUACUAUAGUGAUAAUUGACUUCGUCUUCUGCUAUCUAUUCUCCUUUCUCUCAUUAGCCCGCCUUUGACCUUGCAGUCUUCUUGUAAUGAAAGAUUGCAGUAAAACUGUGUUCAUGCAAAAGCUUAUGGCAAUGAUAAUAAACUUAAGUUGGUAUUUACAGCACAAUCUUCACUUUACAGAGAAAGAUCAUCACUUUGACACUGUCUCAAAACCCUUUUGGCUAUAUUCAGUCAGCUGUACUAUUACUCCCAUUACACUUCAGUCCAUUGUCUCCUAUGUUUUUUAUCUUAACCAAUGUUUUGACACAUUAUGAGCCCCUCAAUGAAUACAAGUAGCAACUGUAAGCGAAACAGAAGUUUGCUUAAUGUUUUUCAAAAAAGCUGAAGGCAUUUUUAACAAGCAAAGUACUGUAGUUAAAAACAAACUUGUUGGUGUUUGUACAAACAUGUAUAAUUUAUAAAAACAAGCUGUAGAUUUCGAAGAGGCAAUGGAUUGAAAGAGCUGGUUUUUGGUUUCAUGUAUUGAACACUGACUGAUGUUAUGUAGAAAAGACCUGGAUUUGUUUAA